AUGAAAGAUAUGAGAGAGCUAAAAUACUUUGUAGGAAUUGAAUUUGCCAGAUCCAAUCAAGGAAUAACUAUGCAUCAGAUAAAAUAUGCUUUGGAACUAAUUUCAGAAGUUGGCUUAGCUGCAACCAAACCAGCAAUAACUCCGAUUGAUGUUAACAUCAAAUUAAUCUCUAAGAAGUAUGAUGACUUCAUUGGUAAGGCAGAAUGUUCAGAAGAAGAAGACAGAUUGGUUGAUCAAGCUUCCUAUCAAAGACUAAUAGGAAAACUACUAUAUUUAAUUGUAACUAGGCUAGACAUAGCAUUUGGAGUUCAAACUCUUAGCCAAUUCCUUCAACAACCCAAAAGAUCACACAUGAAAAUUGCUUUAAGAAUAGUAAAAUAUGUUAAAAGUCAGCCAGGGCAAGGGAUUGUGCUGUCAAGCACUCAUAACAAUACAAUCACUGCUUUUUGUGAUGCAGAUUGGGCUGCAUGCCCUUUGACUAGAAAAUCAGUUGCAGGGUUCUUAGUUAAAGUUGGCGACUCCUUAAUUUCAUGGAAGUCUAAGAAACAAACUACUGUAUCUCAAAGCUCUGCAGAAGCUGAAUACAGAAGCUUAGCAACAACAGUAGCUGAACUCAUUUGGCUAUAUGGUUUACUAACAGAAGUUGAUACAAAGAUCCAGUUACCUAUCAAUAUCUACAGUGUCAACAAAACAGCUAUACAAAUAGCUGCAAACCUAGUCUACCAUGAAAGAAUUAAGCACAUUGAAAUUGAUUGCUCAAUAUGGAAUUCAAAGUACAUGGCUUCUGGCUUAUAA